ACGGUGGAGCUCAAGGUCCGGAUGUGCUGCGAGGGCUGCGAGCGUGUGGUAAGACAAGCUCUCCAAAACCUCCGAGGAGUGGACAGCAUAGAGGUGAGCGUGCCGAUGGAGAAGGUGACAGUGACGGGGUACGUGGACCGGGCGCAGGUGCUGCGCGAGGUGCGGCGGAGCGGGAAGAAGGCGGAGUUCUGGCCGAGCGGCGGCGCGGCGCUGUGGUUCACGUCCCCGAGGAGCUACUUCCGCGACGACGGCGGCUCGUACCGCCGCGACAGCUACAACUACCGCCGCCACGGGUACAGCGAUGGCGACCGGCAUGGGCGCAUGCGCGAGCCCACCCGCAGCGCCGGGCCCGCCGGCAACAUGUUCAACGACGACGACGUCAACGCCGCCUGCCGGAUCAUGUGAUGUACAGCCGUGAGCGACGACGAGGAUCUUGCCCGUUGCUCUUCUUGUUUUGGGCAUGGAUUUUUUUGGGAAAAUGUUUAGGGUUUUUUUUUAUCAUGGGCUCAGCCCAAUGGAUCGUGAGAUAGUCGUGGGCUUCUGGUUGUAAUGGCCCAUUACCCGGGAGCUCCCCGUGCUGAAAUCUUUCUACACUUUCCUUAAUUUGAGCUAAGAAGUCAGAACUGAUCGAUAUUCGAUCCAAUUUGAUG